CAACGAAUCAACUAUACUUCAGUUGUCGGCUUUUAGAACAUGCAAGGAGGAACGCUAGCGGUGGAUGCUACUUUUCCGCCGUGUUCAUCGUACGUUCAGAUAAACAUCUACGACACAAACGUCAAGAGACUUCGUGAGAGAGGAAUUGACAUUAGAAAAAUAGUCGAGCACUUUGGAUGCAGAUCCGUAGUCAUGGAUGUCCCCUUUGUAAAAGAGAAUACGAGCACAUCGGCUUCGACAACAGAAUCCUUCGGAAAAGACGACCUUGCCGACAGCGAUGCCGGAGGCUCUCAAUGUGCUGUCAUCAACCCACACGGAAAAGAAAAUGCAGACCUCACUGCGCUCGCGGAGUUCUGUUCUCCUACUUUCGUGGACAAUCCGCAGAUAAAGUCGCGCGAUGAUGGCCAAGUGAUGGUCAUGGAGUUCCGCGCUAAGUCGAUUCUCAAGCCCACCUUCGCUUGGCACAAGGGUGAUGAGAUUGUUGCGCAGUCGGAUAGAGUGAACAUAGUUCUUAGACAGGAAGCUAAUGACAUUUAUUAUGCUGCUUUGGAAAUCAAGAAGCCAACAAAAGAGAAGGAUGCCGGUCAGUUUAUUUGCACGGCCAGGAAUGGCUCGGGAAAAUUGACCGCAACUUUCACUGUGAAGUUUGAGGUACCGCAAGGAGCACCUGCUUUCACGCGAAAGCCCCUGAUUCUUCCAAUCACAUCUGAUACUGGUGACCCAGCUAUACUCUUCGAUAUUGGUUUCCAGGCCGAUCAAGAUCCGAAGGUGAUGUGGUUCAAUCCCAAAGGAAAGGAAAUUGUGAAUACCUCUCGAAUUUAUUUCUACACUUGUCCAGAUGGACCAAAGAUCUUCACUACUCAGCUUUUAGUCAAAAAUCAUAAAGUGAGGGACUCAGGAACCUAUGCUUGCACUAUCACGAAUGAUGCUGGAGAGGCAAAUGUUGAGCUAACGCUGGAUGUCAUAGGUGUGGCGAAGGACGAAGGUGAUGACGGAGACGAAGCGUAAAUGUAUGUGCUAAACAACGGAGCAGUCCAAUUCCUGUUUUCUCGGCAAUUCAAACGUUCAACAUGGCUUGUGAAUGACAUUUUUUAGAUCUCGACUGUAUCCCAUUGAAUUUUGACAGAGCGCCGAUGUCUUCAUUUUCAUGAACUUCUGGAGCUUAUAGAGCGGGAUUUGAUUUAGUUGUAGUUGUAAUUUGUUGGCAGUCAUCGCUUUGUUUCUGCGUCUAAAUUGAUCUCU